AUGUCAGCGUGUGAACCCAUAGAUACUCCGGUGGAGGAAGGGUUGAAGUUAUGUAUUGCUUCUAAUCAAGUUCCAACUGACAAAGGUAGAUAUCAGAGACUCGUAGGGAGAUUAAUGUAUCUGGCACACACAAGGCCAAACCUUACGUACGCUCUAAGUAUUGUUAGCCAAUUUAUGCAUAAUCCUGGAGAACAACACAUGAGUGCAGUGAUGCGAAUCUUGAAGUACUUAAAGUCUGCCCCUGGAAAAGGAAUCUUGUUUUCCAAGAGUAUUGAUUGUCACAAAGUUGAAGCAUAUACUGAUGCUGAUUGGGCUGGGUCCAAUGAUGACAGGCGAUCCACCUCUGGUUAUUUCACCUUCGUAGGAGGUAAUCUUGUUACUUGGAGAAGCAAGAAGCAGAAUGUUGUUGCUCAUUCAAGUGCGGAAGCCGAAUAUCGAGAUUUGGGGUAUCCACCAAAGCAAUCGAUUCAUGUGUACUGUGACAACAAGGUUGCCUGUGAUAUUGCCCACAAUCCAGUUCAACAUUACAGAACAAAACAUGUGGAGGUUGACAGAUGUUUUAUCAAGGAAAAGUUGGAAGCGAAGAUUAUCGAAUUACCCAAGAUUCGAUCUGAGGAUUAG